AUGGCCACUUCCGAGCUGCCGGGAUGGGUCACAGCAAAUGCCAAGCUGCUCUACGUGUCGCGAUCCACAGGGAAGGAAAUGCCGGUGGCCGUGAAACAUGUGUCGAAUUCACAGAAAGCGGUUACGAUCGUGUUCACUCGAGAUGGCAAGUCUGAAAUGCAAGUGCCCUUCAGCCAGAUUCUGGGUGAGAAGAGUCCUCUGAAGCUUCCAGAUCUUGAGCUCCUGGAGGAUGAGUCGGAGAAGUUCUUCGACUCCAUGGAAGGCAAAUGGUUCGGCAACACGCAGAACCUGGAUCCAAAGGUGUCUUUGGGUUCUGACAAAGGAAAGUUUGCCUUCGAAGGGCCUUCCGCACCUCCCUUGAUGGAGGUCAUGAGUCGCUUGGCAGCACUGGAAGGAACCUCCUAA